AUGAAGGUAUUCCUAACUAUUCUGGCUCUGGCCGUGGCCUCCGCUUCGGCCUACGAAGGCAUUGUCCACCCCAAGGACCUGCCGAAGGUGGCCAAGAUCGAGGGCCGCAUUACCAACGGCUACCCGGCGGAGGAGGGCAAGGCCCCCUACACCGUGGGAUUGGGCUUCAGCGGAGGCUGGUGGUGCGGUGGCUCCAUCAUCUCCAACACCUGGGUCCUGACUGCCGAGCACUGCAUCGGAGAUGCCGCCUCCGUGACCGUCUACUUCGGAGCCACCUGGCGCACCAACGCCCAGUUCACCCACUGGGUUGGCAACGGCGACUUCAUCAAGCACUCCAACGCUGACAUCGCUCUGAUCCGCAUCCCCCACGUCGACUUCUGGCACAUGGUCAACAAGGUGGAGCUGCCCAGCUACAACGAUCGCUACAACGACUACAACGAGUGGUGGGCCGUGGCCUGCGGCUGGGGCGGCACCUACGAUGGCUCUCCCCUUCCCGACUGGCUUCAGUGCGCCGACGUCCAGAUCAUCCACAACUCCGAGUGCGCCGGUGUCUACGGAACCGGCCUCGUGGGCGACAAUAUCAUCUGCAUCCGCGUCGUCGAUGGCAGGGGAACCUGCGGUGGAGACUCUGGCGGUCCUCUGGUCACACAUGACGGCGGCAAACUGGUGGGUGUCACCAACUGGGUUUCCGCUUCCGGCUGCCAAGUUGGUCACCCUGCUGGCUUCCAGCGUGUGACCUACCACCUGGACUGGAUCCGCGAUCAUACCGGCAUUGCUUACUAAACGAAAUAAAAAUUAUUCGAAUGCAUUAA